GGGUAAAACGCACGGGGAGAGAGUCGUGAGUAAAAGUCACGACGAGAGAGCGGACUAGGUUAGUCUCAUUUUUCUUUUUUUUUAGAUUGGGGGGUAUUUUCGAGGAAAUAUGAUUGUAAGGAAAAAAAUGAAAAGAAACGUUCGCCAGGGGUUAAAUUGCAUAUACAGUAUAAAUAGAGCUGCCUCUUUCUUCCAUCAAGAGACAAAACAGUCCAAUCCCGCCAGCUUCAAUUGUAUGCAUAAUUAAUAGAAAAAAAGGAAAUUUAUUUGUGGUCUCUCUCGCUCAACCAUAGCAAGCCUUCAACGAAUAAUUUAAUUAAUUAAUUAUCUUGCUCUCUUAACGUAAAGAAUAGGGGUGGCAAUGGUCCCAGACCCGACCCGGGACCUAUUCGAUUACUCGACAUGGAACUGGGUAUGGGUCCAUCAUUUGGAAACGGCAAGUCGGGAUCGGGUCCAAAACUUGGCCCCAAACACUAUUUGGAUUCGAGUCCAUCUAGACUCGAACCGUACCCAUAAAUUGUUGGAGAUAAAAUACUUUACUAAAAUUUGUAUACAAUAAGAACUCGUAAUUAUCUUUAGCUAUUAAACAACAAAUCAAACGACUUAAAAUCUAAUGGCUGAUUGUAACUUUAUUGCCAAUAAUAUGGGUAUAUGAUUAUGAAAAAAAAGUACAAGAAAAAAAUGCUUAUAGUGAAAACGGCAAUGGAUCCGACUAGAUCCAAAACCCGAUGGGGUAGACCCGAAAACUAUUUGGAUAUGAGUCCAAGGCGAACCUAAACCCAUACCCGACCCGUUGCCUCCUCUACCUAAGAAAGCAUCAAAGAAUAAUCGAAUUAAAUACUGAAGUAUACACUCUCUCUCAAAACAAUGGGGAAGAUCAAUGGAACAAUACCGAAGUUCGCUUCACAUCUUUCACUCCUUAAGUCCAACUGGGUGUCAUAUUUACUGUCUCUCUCUAAGUCCAAACUGUGCCAGUGUCCUAUCAUAUUUGCUCUUCCCCCCCCCCUCUUCUCCGUCUCAUUCGUGUUUAAAAACAAGACGUUUGCCCCGUCGGGUUCUGUUGAGUUUCGACUCUCUCUCUCAACAAAAAGCCACCCUUCGAGGAUCUCUAGGAGACACACCGGUGAUUCCUAUGCCCACUUUUCACCUUCAAACCCUUCCAUCUCCAUACCCAUCUCUCUUAUCAAUCAAUUCUCAUAGGCAUAAUCAAACAUGGCGGCUUCUUUACCCCACUAUUCAUCUCAGUCUGGUGUCUCUUACUCUUCAAGGCAUGUACGCCAUAGGGAGGCUCCUGCUAGUGUCUAUCAGGGCUUUUGCUCAAAGACCUACAGGAAGCUGGUUUCUGAUCAAUCUCCAAGUGGGUUUCCUUUAAAUGCUGUUUUUAUGCAACAAGGUUUGGCAACCGCUGCAACUGAAAAGGUAACUCCUUUGAAGCAAAUGAAGGACGGGAUGUUGCCUCUUUCACCACCCCAAGAGGGUCUUGAUGAUUUGGGUUCAAUGAAAGAGGAGAGAGAAUCAACUGUUAGUAUAACAGUGGUUGGAGCCUCUGGUGACCUUGCAAAGAAGAAGAUCUUUCCAGCGCUUUUCGCUCUGUUUUACGAAGAUUGUCUUCCAAAGCAUUUCACUGUUUAUGGGUAUGCUCGUAGCAAGAUGACAGAUGCCGAACUUAGAAACAUGGUUGCCAAGACUCUUACUUGCAGGAUUGAUAAAAGGGAGAACUGCAGUGACAAGAUGGAACAAUUUCUUAAAAGAUGCUUCUAUCAUUCAGGUCAAUAUGAUUCCGAGGAGAAUUUUGCAGCCCUGGACAAGAAACUGAAGGAACAUGAGGCUUCAAGGCUCUCAAACCGGUUGUUUUAUUUAUCAACUCCACCCAGUAUAUUUAUAGAUGCAGUGAGAUGUGCUAGCCAGUCAGCAUCAUCUGCUAAUGGAUGGACGAGGGUCAUUGUUGAGAAACCAUUUGGCCGUGAUUUAGGGUCAUCAGCAGCACUCACCAGAGCACUAAAGCAAUACUUAGAAGAAGAGCAAAUUUUCAGAAUUGACCACUAUUUGGGAAAGGAACUGGUGGAGAACUUAUCUGUUCUUCGCUUCUCCAAUCUGGUUUUUGAACCACUAUGGUCCAGACAGUAUAUUAGGAAUGUACAGUUCCUCUUCUCAGAGGAUUUUGGCACUGAAGGUCGAGGAGGGUAUUUUGACAACUAUGGGAUCAUCAGAGACAUAAUGCAAAACCAUCUGCUUCAAAUACUGGCAUUGUUUGCCAUGGAAACCCCUGUCAGUUUAGAUGCAGAAGACAUAAGGAAUGAAAAGGUAAAAGUUCUUCGAUCAAUGAGGCAUCUUCAACUUGAGGAUGUAGUAAUUGGGCAAUAUAAGAGCCACACAAAAGGGGGCAUCUCGUAUCCAUCUUACCUUGAUGACAAGACUGUGCCGAAGAACAGCCUCACGCCAACAUUUGCGGCUGCUGCUCUUUUCAUAGACAAUGCUAGAUGGGAUGGGGUUCCAUUCCUUAUGAAAGCGGGCAAAGCAUUACACACAAGGAGAGCAGAGAUCAGGGUGCAAUUUAGGCAUGUACCUGGUAAUCUGUACAAACGGAGCUUUGGAACCGACCUAGACCGUGCGACCAAUGAGCUUGUCAUUCGUGUACAGCCCGAUGAAGCCAUUUACUUGAAGAUCAAUAAUAAGAUUCCUGGGCUUGGGAUGCGAUUGGAUCGAAGUAAUUUGAAUCUCCAUUAUGCAGCAAGGUAUUCAAAGGAGAUUCCAGAUGCAUAUGAGAGGCUAUUGCUCGAUGCCAUUGAAGGGGAGCGAAGGCUUUUCAUAAGGAGUGAUGAGCUCGAUGCGGCAUGGGAGCUCUUCACUCCUUUGCUCAAAGAGAUAGAGGAGAAGAAGAUCGCACCAGAGCUCUACCCAUAUGGAAGCCGUGGCCCGGUUGGGGCUCACUAUCUUGCUGCUAAGUAUAAUGUGAGGUGGGGUGACCUAAAUGCUGAGCACCAACAUGAGUCAUGAAACUGAUUGUAUCUCCAGUAAUAUUAUUGAAAUAAAGAGUUGUUAUUUUUGUAGAA